AUGUUGACGAUUUCUUUGAUCUGGGGCAUUGUUGUGGCAAUAUGCUGUUGCUUGUGGCUUAUUAUUGGAAUAAGGAGGAGGCGGAUAGGAGAGCCACCUCUGGAAAAUGGGCUAAUUCCAUAUGUAGGCUGUGCUCUGCAGUUUGGAGCCAAUCCACUUGAAUUUCUCAGGACAAAUAAAAGAAAAUACGGUCACAUAUUUACAUGCAAACUAAUGGGAAAAUAUGUGCAUUUUAUUACCAAUCCUUUUUCAUACACUACAGUAAUGCGGCAUGGAAAAUACUUCGACUCAAAAAAAUUUAACCUUGCUGCCUCUGCAAAGGCAUUUGGGCACAGAAGCAUUGAUCCCAGUGAUGGGAAUACUACUGAAAAUGUACACGAGACUUUCAUUAGAACCUUGCAAGGUGAUGCCUUGAAUUCCCUCAGUGAAGCCAUGAUGGAAAAUCUCCAGUAUGUCAUGAGGCCACCAGUUCUUUCCAAAACAAAUCCUGACAGCUGGGUGACAGAGGGCAUGUACUCCUUCUGCUACAAAGUGAUGUUUGAGGCUGGCUAUUUGACUCUCUUUGGCAAAGAUCUCACAAGGCAAGAAGCACAGAGAACAUCCAUCCUAAACAAACUUGAUAACUUCAAGCAAUUUGACAAGAUCUUCCCAGCCUUGGUAGCAGGGCUUCCAAUCCACGUGUUUAAGAAUGCCCACAAUGCAAGGGAGAAAUUGGCAGAAGCCCUGAAACAUGAAAAUCUAGAGAAGAGAGAUAAUAUCUCAGAGCUGAUCACAACCCGCAUGCUCCUGAAUGAUACUCUCUCGACCUUUGAUGACAUGGAGAAGGCAAAAACCCACCUGGCUUUACUUUGGGCAGCACAAGCUAAUACACUCCCUGCCACUUUCUGGUGCUUAUUUCACACAAUUAGGAGUUCAGAAGCAAUGAAGACAGCUACUGAAGAAGUCAGAAAAACUUUAGAAAAAUCUGGCCAAAAAAUUAGCUUUGAAGGCAAACCUAUAAGCUUGAGUCAAAUGCAGCUAAAUGAUAUGCCAGUACUAGACAGCAUAAUCAAGGAGGCUUUACGACUUUCUAGUGCAUCUUUGAACAUCCGACCUGCCAAGGAGGAUUUCACUUUGCAUUUAGAGGAGGGCUCCUACAAUAUCCGAAAAGAUGACAUAAUAGCUCUUUAUCCCCAGCUGCUGCACUUAGAUCCAGAAAUCUACCCUGAUCCCUUGACUUUCAAAUACGACCGUUACCUUGAUGAAAAUGGAAAACCAAAGAACAGCUUCUAUUGCAAUGGCAUCAAAUUAAAAUAUUAUUAUAUGCCCUUUGGAUCGGGACUGACAAUGUGUCCUGGAAGAUUGUUUGCUGUCUCUGAAAUCAAGCAAUUUUUGAUUCUGAUGCUUUCCUACUUUGAAAUACAGCUUGUUGACAGUCAAGUUAAAUGCCCUCCUUUAGACCAGUCUCGUGUAGGUUUGGGCAUUUUACCACCAACAAAUGAUAUCGAGUUUAAAUAUAGACUAAAACACCUUUGAAUGUGAAAAUGUUAUUGAGAGAAGAAAGGAACACUGGGUUAUGUUUUAUGUCCAAAGAAAGUCAACACCUCCAGCAAGCCUGAUGGAAGGCUAUAAAGAAAGAACACUUGGAAUCGAAUCUA